CUUGAACUUUACAGUAUGGUAUUAAAGUUUAAAUUGUCUUUUAAGUAUUAUUACGAAUCGUGUGUACGGACAAUUCUAUUUAUUCUAUCCAUAAUAACAACUAUUAAUUGCCAUGUUUUAAACAAGAGAGAAGUUUUAGAAGAUGGCAUUCAAGAGCCAGAUACGGUAAGACUUCAAAAGGAGGUAAACAUUGUCGGUUAUAUACAAAAUUUUAAACAUAUAAUGAGUGAAUAUGUAAAUUCACAAUACAAAUUAACUGCAAACGAGUUGGAAAGAGUUAAUCUGAUACUGGAAGAGUUUUUAAAGAAUCUAGCGACCGAUCUUAAAGAUGUUAUGGAGAAGAAUAUUGAUUGGGAAAAGAAGAAGAUAGAGGACGGCGUGGACGAUGAGAAAUUUGUGGAAAUAAAGAAGAAAAUCAUGGAAGAGUUUCAUGAUAUAGAGGAGAAUAAUGCUGACGAAAUGGUUUAUAGGUUAAGAAAGAAUCUGUACGAGACAAGACAGAAAUUGGAUGGAAUUAUUAAAGAUUCAAAUAGAGCUAUGAAAGAGAUUUCUAGCGAAUAGCAUUUGAAAUGUUUAUUGUACAAAGCAUAAGGAUAUUAUGUAUUUAAAAGAUCGACGCCCUCCUCGCUUCUAAUUUCUGCGCCCGACAGGCUCUACAAUAUACUUUAUUAAUUAUUAACAUCUUUCAUAAUAAUAUUGCAGAAUGCAAUAAAUAAAUUGAAAUAAAAAAAAAGUAUUUUUUUUUAUACAACUUAGAAUGGCAAACAAGCUG